CAUGUGCGAAUGUUUCACGACUCAACGUUUACCCUGCUAUUGGCAAAGCAACGCUUCGCAAACUCCAUAUGAUCAAAAGUUAUCCAUUGAUACAAAUAUUGCUUACCGCUUGGAUGCUACUAAAUUCCCUGAUUUGGAAAAGUACAAGAACGAACGAGUUUUGAUGAUUGAUGAAAGUCAAUUAAGAGAUGUAACCGGCCAUGCAAGCGGCUAUACAACCGCGACCCUCAACUACUCGACGAUGACGUGCGCACAAAGGAGAAGGUUGACUGCUAAACGCCGCUUGACGCCUCAAAGGAAUCAUUACGCGUUUCCGCCGCCUGGUAUACGGUCCAUCGCCGCUCACGUUCCACCCAUAGCUAAUCCUUUGUCGUCUACCACAACGCCUUCAAGUUGGAGUAAUAUCAACAAUAGAACAAGUAGCAACAAUAAUACAAAAACUAAUCGAUUAACAAGACGAUGUUCCUGCAAUUCACCAUACUGCGUACCUUUUCGACACACAUCAAUGUUCAAUGAAGUGCCGACAAUGUCUUUCCUCAUUAGAGAGCAACAAUUUACAGAUGGCGUUGGUGGCAAUUGCCAAUGCGGAGCUUGCCAGUUGGCUUCGAGGAGAACUUCUCACGUCUUCUCAAACGCCGUCAUUUGUAACUGA